GUAAGAGCGAACAGCGAACAACGGGAAGAGUAGCCUACAUGCUGCACGUCAGAAACGCUACGCGUCAAACAAGUGUAACGUUUCUUGAGCUGCUAAAGUAUUUAUGGAGAGUGUCGCCUUUACCACCAACAGGCAUAGGUUACUUCAGGAAGGACUGAAAUUUCAUGCUGCCUCCCAAUUUUCUCGGCUGGCCAAACCGUGGACAUAAAUGCCUAGAACAGAGAAGACCAAUGUGAUGCAUCUGCACGAGAGGAAAAUCACUCGACUAAGAUGGGUAAUAAGCAAACGAUAUUUACUGAUGAACAGCUAGACGCCUAUCAGGACUGCACCUUCUUCACCCGCAAGGAAAUUCUUCGCUUGCAUGGACGAUACCACGAGCUGGCUCCACAUUUGGUUCCAAUGGACUACACCAACGACCCUGAUGUUAAAAUCCCUUUAGCUCUCAUAGUCAACAUGCCAGAACUAAAGGAGAAUCCAUUCAGGAAUCGGAUUGUGGAAUCGUUCUCUGAAGACGGCCAGGGGAACCUCAGCUUCAACGAUUUUGUAGACAUGUUUUCAGUUCUCAGCGAAAUGGCUCCUAGAGAACUGAAAGCCAUUUACGCUUUUAAAAUAUACGACUUCAAUGUGGAUAAUUACAUCUGCAAGGAGGACUUAGAAAAGACUCUAAACAAGUUAACAAAGGAGGAGCUAACACCAGAGGAGGUUAAUCUGGUGUGCGAGAAGGCCAUUGAAGAGGCAGACCUGGAUGGAGACAACAAGCUCUCCUUUGCCGACUUUGAGAACAUGAUCUCCAGGGCUCCUGACUUUUUAAGCACCUUCCAUAUACGAAUCUAAUAUGGCUUCAGCGGAAGACGCCAAUGGUGAUGUUCCUUGAACAGACAAGUCCACAAUGGAGGAUAAUUGUCUACUGUUGUUUUCCUUUCACUUUCGGAAGCACACUUGACAGGAUUACUGACAAAUGCAUGGCUGUUUCUUCACCAUUGGAAAGUUUGGAUCAGAAAUCCCUAGUGUUUUCAGAGAAAGGAAAUGGAAAAUUUGAGGCCUUUGUGGGUUUGACCCACACAGCUCGUCCUGGAGUAAAACUGGCGUGGAUGUAAACCACUUUUAUGGGCUUCUACCAAUGUCCGUGGCACAUUGGACACAAAUUUAACUCACUCUCCCACUUCUAAGACUCUUAUUUGGGAUCAAAUAAAUCAUGGGACAUUCCAUUCAGGAAGGGACAAACGAACUGGACAAGAGAGUGAGAGAGAGGGCUACAAGCACAUUAUUGGCAUCAGCGCCACCGAGACAGUGUUUUCUACAGCUAUGCAAUCUUUCUCCAUAAAAUGCAUGAAUUAGAUUACGUUCCCCACCUUUUCCCGUUCCCUAAUGUCCCUACAGCUUUGCCAUUUCACAAUCUAAUUGCUUAUAGAACUGGAGCAUGAUGACAAUCAUAUCUAAAUGUUCUCCAGUUGAAUGAAGGGCUCUAUCAUCAUAUAUUCUCUAAUUGUCUUCUCUGUCGUUCGCUCUCCAUGUAUUUGUUCCGCCCGCAGAUCCCUCUGUCCCUUCUGUCCUAACUUGAGGUGUUAGCGUCAAACUGUCUCUUACCUUUUUUCAGUAUUUGAUGUGAUAGAGGGCAUUUGACUUAACUUUUAAUAAAGUUUUUCUGUUGAUUGUUGA